ACCGUUCUCCCUAGCUAUUACAUCCCUAGCGUAAUUAUGUAAUGGUGCAUUUCCAUUAGCAGCUGGUAGUCAGCAGAAAGGUUUGCAUUGAUCCAGAUGGUCCAUGGAGCACACGGUGGAGAGAGCCCCUUCUUCCCUCCCAGGAGAACUGCACGGCUCAGGACAGAAGGGUUAAAUCUUGGCAUGCCACUUCAGAAAGGUUGCUGACCCCUCGAGUAGAUAAUAAGAUAGAUCAAUAUACUGACAUUGUAUUUGCUAUGGUAUGCCCACACCUUGAAUACUAUAUACAGUUCUGUUGUCCCAUCUCAAAAAAGAUGUAUUAGAAAGGGGGAAAAGUCAACAAAAAUUAUUAGGGGUUUGAAACCGUUUCCAUAAGAAGAGAUUAAAAUACAGAGGCUAUUCAUCUUACAAAAGAGUUGAUUAAGGGGAAAUAUGAUAAAAAUCUAUAAAACAAUGAAUGGUGUGGAGAAAAGUGAAUAAGGAAAUGUUGCCUAUUCACAUAAUAGAAGAACCAAGGGCCAACCAUGUUUAAAACUAAUGAAAGGAAGUAUUUUUGCACGCAAUGCACAGUCAAUUUGUUGAACUUAUUGCUGGGGAUAUUGUGAAGGCCACAAAUAAAACUGGAUACAAAAAAGAAUUAGCUAAAUUCAGGGAGGAUAGGUCCACUAAUGGCUCUAACCAAGAUAGUCAGAUAUGUAAACUUAUGCUUUGGGCAUCUCUAAGCUUCUGACUGUCAGUGGCUGGGACUGGACUCAUGGAUGAAUCACUCAAUGAUUGCCUUGUUCUGGUCAUUCUCUCAGAAGAAUCUGGCUUUGGCCAUAGUUGGAAGACCCAUCUAUGUGCUAGAUGGACCACUGGUCAGGUCCAGUGUAGCCAUUCUUAUGUUUUUAAUUUGUUUAAAAGGGUGUAACAAGCCAUUAAAAUUAGUAGUAUUUCUAGUGUGGAACAGCGACAUGUUGAGUUCUUCAACAGCAAUGAAUCUGGCAACUUUUAUUAUUUAUUGAGCUUUGACUGUAUUCAGUGUAGACAUAAGGAGACACAUUCUUGCUCGGAGACUUUUAUACCCUGUAUUUCUUGCAGCCAAGUCUGAGUUAGAGAUUAGUGAAGCUUAUGCUUACUUUCAUAUGGUUCGUGGUGGUUAAAACAGUCACCAUAAUCACUUGCUUGGCUCGUGCUUAAAUUCUUUCUCCUCUUUUCCUGUGUGAAGGAACAGAAGUUUGACAUCGUGUAGAUUCAAGCACAAAGCUUUUAUUACUCACAGCUAGCAGUGUGUCACUUUGCUUAUUAGGCUCAUUGAGACUGACAAACAGCUGCUUACAAUUGAUUAUAUUGGGUGCUGAUGGGUGCAGAGAAGUGAAGGGGUGGGAGUUCUCAAGCCCCUGGAUAGGUUCUAUUAGCGAGACAUAAUGAGCACAAUAAGCCAAUAGUCUAAAAGAUUAUAUGAGUGUUCCGCCCAUGGCUCAGAUUUACAUGAUUGUUAAUACACAGUUGUUAUCCCUUGGGUUUUCUCUUGAAGAAGGUAGGUUAAAUCCCGAUUCCAAGUCUUUAGGAAUGACAUGUGGCACCUCUCAAUAGGUUUGCCUGUAGGUACAUUCCUAUAUGGUCUCGAGACAAAGAGAACAAUAAGCAGUACACAGCAUUGGCAACAGCAUACAAUUAUCAAGUUCCCCACCCCGACUGAAAGUGGCAUCUGUGAGGAUGGACAUCAUCACUCAUGCUGAUAUGUCAGACCUCUCCCUGAACCUAGGUUGGUAUUUGGGGAGGAUUCACCAUUAUCUCUUCCUGAACUGGGAAGCGGACUUCAAUGAGUCAUGGGUUUACAACUCAAGAUAAAUCCCAAUUAUUGUUCUGCACCUGGACUUGUUACCAAUUAGUUUCAGACCCUGUACAUGUCAAGGUCUGUAAGCAGGGGCCUGCCUUUGCUUACAGCUUAGCUUCGUUAGCCAUGUUUCGUUCAUUGUUAGCUAGGCCUCAUGUUAAAGAUUCUAUACAAAGGCUGUGGUCAGAAUCAUGCAUAGUAUUAUUGAGAUCUUGGCCCUUUGCCGUGUUCUCACUUUUACCAAGAUUUAAAAAAUUGUAAUAAUAAAGAAUGUGUUUAGUGGAUAGCAUAGUGUACAGUUAUUGAAUCAGAAUGAAAACCAAGUAUUAGACAUAUUACUAAACUGAAUUUUAUAUAAAGGAAAAAUCUGAUAAAUGGUAUUUCCAUGAAAUAAACUGCAGUGUAAGAGAUGAGUUUCAUAUGCUGAUGAAUCCAUAUAAAUCCUCUGUGUUAAGAAGGAGGAAGAAAUGUUUCGUCCAAAUAUGUUUUUUCUUCUCUUGCUUCCACCUAUUAUAUUUGAAUCUGGAUAUUCAUUACACAAGGGUAACUUCUUUCAGAACAUAGGUUCCAUCACUCUCUUUUCUGUAUUCGGCACAGCAAUUUCAGCUUUCAUUGUAGGUGGAGGAAUUUAUUUUCUGGGUCAGGCUGAGGUAAUUUAUAAACUGAACAUGACAGACAGUUUUGCCUUUGGCUCCUUAAUAUCUGCUGUGGACCCAGUGGCUACAAUUGCCAUCUUCAAUGCCCUUAACGUGGAUCCUGUGCUUAACAUGUUGGUUUUUGGAGAAAGUAUUCUCAAUGAUGCAGUCUCUAUUGUCCUAACAAACACAGCAGAAGGUUUGACAAGAGAAAGUAUGUCGGAUGUAAGUGGAUGGCAAACCUUUUUACAGGCAUUGGGUUACUUUCUUAAGAUGUUCUUUGGCUCUGCGGCACUAGGCACUCUUACCGGCCUUAUUUCUGCAUUAGUACUAAAGCACAUUGAUUUAAGGAAAACACCCUCUUUGGAAUUUGGAAUGAUGAUUAUAUUUGCUUAUCUUCCUUAUGGACUUGCAGAAGGUAUUUCACUCUCAGGUAUCAUGGCAAUCCUGUUCUCUGGCAUUGUGAUGUCUCACUAUACACACCAUAACCUUUCACCGGUUACACAGCUCCUAAUGCAACAGACACUGAGAACCGUUGCUUUCAUGUGUGAAACCUGUGUUUUUGCAUUCCUUGGUCUGUCGAUUUUUAGUUUUCCUCAUAAGUUUGAAAUGUCCUUUGUCAUUUGGUGCAUAGUGCUUGUUCUGUUUGGCAGAGCAGUGAAUAUUUUUCCACUUUCUUACCUGCUCAAUUUCUUUCGUGAUCAUAAAAUCACCCCCAAAAUGAUGUUCAUCAUGUGGUUUAGUGGUUUACGUGGGGCAAUUCCAUAUGCCCUGAGCCUCCAUUUGGGCUUGGAGCCAAUAGAAAAGCGGCAGCUCAUUGGGACCACAACUAUCAUUAUUGUGUUGUUCACAAUUUUGUUGUUGGGUGGAGGAACCAUGCCCCUUAUCAGACUGAUUGAUAUUGAGGAUUCUAAAGCACGAAGAAGGAACAAGAAGGAUAUUAACCUCAGCAAGACUGAAAAAAUGGGAAAUACCAUUGAAUCUGAACAUUUAUCAGAACUCACAGAGGAAGAGUACGAAGCUCACUACAUAAAGCGCCAGGAUCUCAAAGGCUUUAUGUGGCUUGAUGCCAAGUAUUUGAAUCCAUUCUUCACAAGGCGGCUCACGCAGGAGGACCUACAUCAUGGACGCCUACAGAUGAAAAGCCUCACCAACAAAUGGUAUGAAGAGGUGCGACAAGGACCCUCAGGAUCUGAAGAUGAUGAACAAGAGCUGCUAUAGCAAGUUAGAGGAGAAGAACUAUAAUGAGUUUAUCAUUAGAGGCCCCCAAAACUAGUUUUAAGUAACAAAAGAUUCUGACUAUACAAAAGUCCAGGGUAUUAAAAAUGAAGACUUUCCAUUUCAAGUCCAGUCAUGUGCUGUUGUAUUAGGUUUCACAGAACCAGAUACACUAUAUUUCCUAAGGCCAGUCACUGCUGGACAGCCUUUAGAGUAAUACUAAAGCAGUAGGUGGGUUGAGGAUAAAAGUCUACCUUUUAAUUCUGGAUAUCAUAGCAUUUGUAAGUUUCACUCAGUCCUUUCAAAACUAAAAACACCUGCAUUGAAAUAACGUUAAAGAAAAGAGUCUUCUAUUCUGAUGUAAGCUGUAAAUGCAUGUUACAGUACAGGUUCCAUAAUAUGGCUCCACAAGACAGAAUGAGUUGCACUUUAUUGUAUACUUUAAUACUCAUUCACAUCUUGGGGAGUCCUGGUGAUUUAUACUGUGAAUUUGUGCCAAUAAUAGUAGAAUCUGUCUGAAAGAAAACUGUAAUGUGCAUAUUAUAGAUCUAGAAUGCAUGGAGAGCUGCCAGACAAGAAGCAGGUGUUGUACAUGGACAGAAGCGCCAGAACCUUUUAAAUAUUCAGUGUGUCUGCCAUUUAAAAUUGUGUUUUAAUGUUGGAGUAGCUUAAUCCACAUUGUCAAUUGCCUAAAGUGUUCUUUCAAAAGAGAAAGCAUAGAACUGGUUUUGAAAUCUGUAGACUUUUUUUUCUUAUUUCCUCUCAAACUUUCACAUCAUCCAAAACUAAAAGCACCUGCAUAAAAUAACAUUAAAGAAGAAUGUUACUUAAAAAUGGUUACAUUUUUUAAAUAAAAUUAUAAUAAAAAGAUCACUCCUAGUUGGCGCUAUAGACUUUGAAUCUUGGAAAGCAAACAUUUUUGCUUUGCUAAAUUCCUAAAAAUGUCCCUAACACACCUGACAGUUCCUUGGAAAUGUUGGGAUGUCUUUAAAUUCUGGAGGAACCAGUAAUGGGCUCUUCCAAAUAGUUUUGGGGUUUUUAAAAACACAGCAAGUCCCCAAAAAUAAGCCUUAUUCAGUGGUGGAACGCUUUAAUGUUAUGGAUUGCUGCAGCAUCUGGAUUUGGGAAGUGCCAGACACAUAAGAUGUCCUGCUACUUUAAUUCCUUUAUGGACAUAGUAGGAUGUAAAAAUGAUCUGCACUGUUUCUCACUAUGCCAUGGACCAUUUAUUUAGAACUGCACACACACAAGUGUGUGUGUGUUUUCAUGGUGCACACUUAGGCUAUGUCUAUGCUAGGAAACUAUUUCAAAAUUACUAAAUUCCCGAUUUACUAAAAUAAAAUUACUAAAAUAUCCAAUUU